GGGAGGUGUUAACGAAUUUUCAUUGGCUGCCUGAUGCACGUUGUAAAGGAAACGGAAGAAAAUAUCUGCGGUACACACGCUAACGCUGAAAUGGUGAAAUGUUCAACUGGGCAACAUUUUUUAAACUGUAGGACGGUGAGAUGAGCCAGAGAGAGAGCCUGUGCGCCCAGAAGGCCAUCUCAUUGCUGAGCCCCCUGGGAAAGAUCCAAGUCAGCGCAUGUGAGAAUGGUGUGCACACCAUCCAGAUCAUAAUGGAUGUGGCACCUACUGAAAGGACAGACGAGCCCCCCCAGAGCUGUGUGGUCAGCGAGGGCCGAGCGGAAUCCAGCCCUGAGUUGCAGCGCUGCGUUGAAUGGCUCCAGGCCUACUUCUCGGAGCCGUGGACCGUAGGGAGUCUCCCCCUCCCUGCCUUUCACCACCCCGCCCUGCACGGAGAUACAUUCACCAGCCGAGUGUUGCAAACUCUUCUGAGGGACGUGAAAAUGGGAGAGACGGUGUCGUACAAGCGCCUGGCUGAGAUGGCGGGCAACCCAAGAGCCUCCCGAGCUGUGGGAGGAGCCAUGAGGAGGAACCCGGUUCCUCUCCUUGUCCCCUGCCACCGGGUCAUCACCAGCAGUGGCCAGAGUGGACCAUACAUGCGUGGCAAGGGAAACCAUCUGAAACAGUGGCUGCUUAGCCACGAGCAGCUGAGAAAGGAAGGAUGAGUGAGAGCCAAAGCUGUCCUUCGCUCACUGAACCAGAGCACUCAAACCCUGAGACCAUUCCACAAGACCAGGACGGACGGCCUAUUCACUUCUUUUCACCUUCCAAAAUAACUGAAACUUGAGAAUUGUCUUAACAAAAUAAAUGACCGUAAUGAAAGUAAUGCAUAGUUCAUGUGACAAGAGAGCUGUUGUUCAUUGAGUGUGUUCAGAAAUAACCUUAACAAAGAACAGCAGGAAUUGCAAACAUGAUCCCAUGGGUGUCUGUUCAGUUUGCCAGAUAUUGUUGGAAUGUUUUUUGAAUUAUUUCCCUAAAAUAUGUCUCUUGAAUUUUUUUCCAUCCUAUGUUGAAUUACUCUUUGUACAUCUUGUUGGCUAUUUCAUUCCCUGCCAAGUGAAUUCUUUGUUCAACAUCCAGUAUAGGGCUUCAGAUUUGUAUUGGUUUAAAGCUUUUUUCUGUCCUCAUUUACAGUGUAUUAAUUUGUUUAGUUUGCCCAAUCGAGUGUCAUUGUUUAAAAACACUUUUCUGAUUUUUUCCCACAAAGUAAAUAAAGUUUAAAUUCAUGUCAUUUUACUCA